AUGGAUUUCGAUAAAGCUUUGGAAAAAUUCGGCAAUUAUGGUCCUUAUCAAUUUCUUGUACUUUUGCUAUUUGGUUACACCAACUUUAUGUCUUCCAUGCACUAUUACUCUCAAACGCUGAUCUCAUUUACACCCGAUCAUUGGUGUUAUCACGAGCAAUUGGAGAAUAAAACAUUUUCGGAAAUUGCUGAGAUUUAUAAGAAUUUCUCAAAACCUCAUUGUACCUUAUUGCAAUAUAAUGAACACACAUUUCAAGAAGUAGACAGUGGAGUAUGUGACAAAUGGUUUUAUAAAAAAGAAAAUGGCUAUGAAAGUAUAACUACAGAGCUUAAUCUGGUUUGCGACUCAACUUAUCUAUCAGCUGUAAGUCAAUCAUUUUAUUUUGUCGGUGCUGUUGUUGGCACCAUAUCAUUUGGUGUCUUGGCUGAUCGUAUUGGCCGUUUACCAACGAUUAUUUUGAGCACCAUUUCAGGUGGUUUAGGAGACUUUUUAUCUUCUUUUGUCAACAGUGUAGAACUGUUUGCUUUGACCCGUUUUAUCUCUGGCCUAGCAACCGAUACAUUUUUUGUGCUUAUGUAUAUACUAACCUUUGAAUAUCUCAAUCCUAAGAAACGCACCUUUGGUCUCAAUUUCAUAACUGGCACUUUCUAUUGUGCCGGUUUAAUGUUAUCACCCUGGUUUGCUUUGUGGGUUAAAUCAUGGCGUUAUUAUUUAUUAAUUGCCUCAGUACCGGUUCUAUUAUUUCUAAUUUAUCCUUUGCUUAUAUGUGAAUCGGCUAGUUGGUUGUUGACUCGGGAAAAAUAUGAUCGUGCUGUAAAAUGCUUAAAGCGUGUGGCUAAAUUUAAUGGACGCCAGGUAGAGGAGAAGGUGUUCGAUGAAUUUGUGGAGUAUUACAAACAGAAAGCUUUAGAAGAGAAAAAACUUAAAACUAACGAUACCUUCUGGGGCAUGUUUCGCAUGCCUCGUUUAAGAAAAUUUACCAUUAUAUUGCUGAUCAAAAGUAUUAUCGUCACCAUGUCUUUUGAUAUAAUCUCACGUAAUGUGGAAGGUUUGGGUUCAUCGCCUUUUAAAUUAUUUUCAUUUUCUUCGAUAAUUUAUGUGCCUGCCGGUCUUACCUUAAUAGGUUUACAAAAUGUUAUAGGACGCAAAGGCAUGGCUACCGCCUCUUUAUUGGUUGGUAGCAUUAUUACAGCAGUUACUGGUUUCCUAAUAGCCAUUUUAGAUCCAAAAUCUAAUGCCAUUUUAUUGGCCAUCAUGGUGGGUUUGGGCCGUUAUGGUGCCGGUGUGGCCUAUGAUGCUGAGGUUCAAUAUUGUACAGAAAUAGUACCCACCAGUGUAAGAGGUCGGGCUGUGGCCAAUAUUCAUGUCUUGGGUUAUGCCUGCAGUUUCUUGAACUCGUAUGUUAUAUACCUGGGGAACUAUUAUAAACCUUUACCCUCGAUUUUUAUAAGUAUUAUAAUGUUAAUAGGUGCCGCUUUAUGUCUAUGUCUGCCAGAAACAUUGAAUAAAAAAUUACCCGAAACAUUAGCUGAUGGUGAAGCCUUUGGUCUUGGUGAAAAAUGGUAUUUCUUUCCUUGUUUUAGUGGAACAACAAAAAAAUCAGUUGAAGACAACAAACAAGUUUUAUAA